AUGAAGUGGUCACGUUCUUUCCUGGGCUGGGCGCUCCUCAGCCCAACGGCGAGCGCCCACGCGCGCCGCUGCGAGAGCAACAACAACAGUCUUGUCGUCGACGAGGCGCCCGACUCUGUGCGUCCCUAUGUCCUGCCCAAGUACAAGGGCCGCGCCAUCUUCAUCACCGCCUCGCAAGUCCUGCGCUUCUCCAUCACCGCAAACUCGUCCGACGGUGCCUUCGCCCUCGUCCAGCACAGCGGCAAGGUCUCGGGCUGGACGCCCGCACGCCCGCACACCCAUCGCCGCACUCACGAGCACUUUUACUGCGCAAAGGGCCGCUCGGAGCUCUGGGGCCAGAGGAAUGCCACGGGCGCCAGCCACGAGGCCCGUGUCGGCACCCUGGGCGACUACGGCAGCAUGCCUCCGGGCGCCAUCCACACGUUCCAGCUCGUCGACCCGGACGCCCAGCUCACCCACGUCUUCCACCCCGGCGGCUUCGAGCAUCUCUUCGACGAGUUCAGCUCCGGCGGCUACGACUCCAAGGCCGUCAUGUCGCCCUACCCCCCCGACCCGGAGGACAAGGAGCCCUUCGGAGCCAUGACGCCCGAGCUGGAUGAGAAACUGCAGCGGCUUGAUCUCUACCAGGCCCCCGCCGAGCUCUUCAUCCCUCGCCGUGACUUCGUCAAUGGCACGGCCGGCGCUGGCCUCAGCUGGCACAAUGGAUCCAACGCUCUGCCCGACGAUCCGACCGAGCCCUACUUUGUUGCCAAGGACUACGGCCCCAAGUUCCUCAACACAAACAGUGGAUACAAGAUCCUUCAGCCGCUGGCCACCGCCACUCAGACCUCGGAGACGGGCAACUUCACCAUGGGCACCCUCAUCAUGUCGCCCAAGCUGGACAACGAGACCGUCGAGACGACGCAGCUCCCUCAUCACUUCGCCAUCCAGAUGGAAGAGGGCCAGCUCGCUCUGUCUAUUCCCGGUUAUCCAGAGACGUAUCUGAUCCAGGGAGACGUCGCAUUUAUCCCGGCCGACACCAGCUUUACCUACUACGCCACGGUGCCCUUUACCAAGUUCCUCUACAUGAAUGCCGGAGCGUCUGGCCUCGAUCACCAGCUCUUGCAGGAUAGCAUCUCCUGGGACUUUCCCGUGUACCCUGCCUACGCAGGGUUCCAGUCUCGGAGUUCCUCUACCCCAUCCAGGUAG